CCUGCCCCCACGGAGCCCAUGCUCCAGAAAAUCAGCAUCUUUUUAUAUCCGACUCACCCUCCAACAUAACGGAAAACAAAGUGGUUCCUUCAAACUUCUUCCCCAGAUCGCUUCAAAAUGUCCUACAACGGCACAAACUACCCUCCGCCGAGUUACGAAACCUGUAAAGAUGGAAUCUCCGAACGAUGUCCUGCUGAGUUGUCACUUUAUGGUGACACUUUUACGCUAGGCGCUUGUGUUUUCUUCGUCGUGGCGCAUGCUUUGGCGCUUGUACCACAACUUUACUUCGGUAUCAAGGCACGAACUUGGUCGUAUACUCUAUGGCUUGCGAUCGGGACGAUAUUUGAACUCAUCGGCUAUAGCGGACGUAUCGUCAUGAGUUCAAACCCCUGGGUCUACAACGCCUUCGUCAUCCAACUUGUCCUUCUCAUCCUCGGUCCGACACUAGUCGCCGCUGCUAUCUCGAUCACCUUCAAACAUCUUGUGCUAUGGUACGGUCGAGAGUACAGUUUCAUCAAGCCUGUCCUGUAUCCAUGGGUUUUCGUCGGCACCGAUUUCUUCUCUAUUGUCAUCCAAGCUGCUGGCGGCGGUGUUUCUUCAGCUGCCACUAAUGGAGACAACAAUGACCAGGGCAUGCUUGAUGUAGGAUCUGGUCUUCUUGUUGCUGGUGUUGUCUUCCAGAUGGCCAAUAUGAUCUUUUGUGGUGGUCUGAUGAUGAUCUAUAUCUGGAGGAGACACAAGGCUAUCAAGAAUGGUGCUGCUGUCAGGGCUGGUGACGAGACUGCUACCGAGAGUGAAUCAUCGACCAACGGAAACGUCAAGGUUAUCAGAGCAAGCGACAAGAAGACCAAGAUCUUUGUCUAUGCUCUGACCGUUGCUUACAUCGCCAUUAUCAUCCGUUGCAUCUACCGUAUUCCUGAAAUGCAGAUGGGCUGGGGCAGCACCCUCAUGCAAAACGAAACAACCUUCUUGAUUCUCGAUGGCGCCAUGAUUCUCAUUGCUGUCUGGACUUUGACCAUCUUCCAUCCCUACUUCUUCUUUCCUUUCCUCGGCAAAAAGCAUAAGAAGGAGAUGGAUGCUGAGAAGUCUCGAGCUGAGGGCCCAGAUGCGCCUGUGAUGGAGGAGAACGCUCAGCGAUAAACAUUAGGCUUGAAUUGGACUUUUGUAUGUUUGGAGCACAUGUGCAUUGGAUGGACUUUUCAUUCGGAAUGGGAUAGAUGGCAUACUUUAGCGCGGGAUAGAAUUUCUUUAGGGUGGAUUUAGAGUCUGUCGAGUAUAACGAUCACACUUCAUCAAGGCUAAUCUUCUUUCUUUAACCUAGUGAUGUGCUGAUAUGAUAAGCCAACCAUACGUCAUUGAUGCAGUAAGUCACUUGAGUCGUGGUUCAAUCGAAGUUGGUAACAAAGGGAAUGUAUUAAGUUUAAAUAUCAGGACUACUUAGUAGUUAAACAGUCCUCUCCAUGCCCCAUCUCCUCUUCAGCUCCCAAGCCGCCAGGCAGAUGGCGCCUACCACCCAACAAUAUCUCAGCAC